AGAACCACUAUUUGGAGAUCAUAGCACUUCACUACGAUAGGUUCUCCUGCAGUUCUUUUAUGGGACAGGCGAUAAUAUUCCUGACACUGGAUGUGUGUGAUGGUAUAGCUCGGUGGCACGAUCUCUCAGACUUCAAGUCAUCUCGGGAUCUUCUCUCUCCCGCCUACUCAAUUAAACCCGGGAUUGGUCCAGUAUCAAAGUCUACAAGCUGUCUACCAGCCUCCCCUAAACCCCAGCCCCUAACCCGGCCUUGUUAUUCUGAAGGGAAACUAAAGCUAGUUCCAGAUUUGUCGCCAAGGAUGGCUCCCCGUUUAUCUAAAUCCUUCGAUCCCCUCCCCGACUUCGGUUACAGGUCCAGACGCCUCAGCAUGUCCUCCCAGGGCAGUCUCCCCUCAAUCCAUAUCAGACCUUACUGCUCCCAAGGUGCAUUAGUCACGCAACCUCUGGACGUCGCAGAGUUCAUGCAGUCAACCAGUAUUGCGGGGUUGCAGCACCAUCAGCCUCUCGAGCCCAUCCUGUCCGCCCAAUCAGUGGAGAGUUCCCAAGAAAACUCCGUCAAGCAGCUCGAUGACAGUAGCAAUGGUGAUCGGAAGUCAAGUGACGGGGCUGGCGAGGCUUGCAAAGUAUCGCACCAUGAUAAGGGACUGGAGGUCAGUGGACAUAAAGCCCUCUCUCCGCUGCAGAUCUUCAGAAAACUAUUUACUCCCAAAUCAGGGAGGAAAAAACGAGAGUCAGUAUGUGAGGGAGAAAUGAGCUCCGGGAGUUCUGACAUUGAAAAAGCCGAGGAUCAGGUGAAGAUGACGAAGUCUAAAGAGCGUCAAGGAGCCCGAUCUCUUACCUCCCUGUUUUCCAGUAAAACAUUUUCUAUAGAUGACAACGUGACCGUCGACAUUCCAGCCAUCAACGAACGAAGGAGCACCAAGAGUUCGGUCGAUAUCGUGUAUCAAGACAGACGUAGCACAAAAAGUUCAAUAGAGAGCGACUGUGUUAGGAUGACGACGAGACCCCCUCCUGAAGGCCAUGACAAGGGGACUGUUCUAGAUGUGAUCGGGAUAGGGCCCGGACAAAACCCUGGUCUCUGGAGACCUCCAGGAUUUUCAGAGCAGCAGGUGACGGGAGACGUGCAGGUUUCCAUGGAGGUGUGCGAUGGGAAACUCAAACUUACUGUCAUUAGAGCCAAGAACCUCAGGUGGCGUUCUUCUGAUAAACCCGUCGAUACCUACGUGAAGUCAUAUCUUCUAGACUCAAACUCAACCAGAAAACAACAAAAGAAACGCUCGAAAGUAGCUAAAAACUCCCUCUGUCCCACCUAUAACGAAGAGUUCUCAUUCGAAGCAAUUUAUCACGACAAAGUGCUAGCCAUGGCCGUUAUGGCACGUGAAAGAUUUGCCAGGAAACAGCCCCUGGGAGAGGCUCAAAUCAACCUGGCGAGUUUGGACUUGACCGUGAGACUGACUGCCUGGUAUAGACUGUUCUCUUCUCAUCCUCAAAUACCGGGCAACACCUGACAGUGUCAUGUGAUCCAUCCCCUGAUUAUGCACAGAGUUUAGCUUAUCAGUCUGACAUCAAAGGUGACAUUUAAGAUUGCUAACCCAGAAUGUUUGGAGCGGAAUUUUGUAGAAAUUGUACCCUUGGGGUAUCGACUUACCGAGUGAUUAUUCUCAAACAUUGUACAUCGAUACGUUUCUCGAUUGGUUACCCCUUUAUAAUCAGAUUCUUAGUUUUUGCAGAAGGAUUUUGUCAUUGCCAGACCCCAAAGUGCGGCGCGCAGAUGCCAUAAUAUAACCUCAAAAAAUUACUAUUAAUUGUACUUUGGUUUUUGAAGGGUUUGAUCAUGCAUUUAGCAAAUAAUAUUUUACUGUUCUUUAAUAUACUCUAACUCAAUGUUUUACCUGUUGAGUGUUGCUGAAGCUUGACCCUACAAGAUAUUGAAUUUUGACUCAAUUUUUUUCGAGUUUGAUAUAUGCAAUCGACCCCGUUAUUAAAUUUGUGGUCUAUCCAUGACGUAGACUGGGGCUGAUUCAGAUAAUAUACCGAACGUCAUGGUAACCGAAUAUAUUUUGAGCAUUUUACCAUCUUGUUAAUUAACAAUCUCUGUUUAUAUAAGAAUUGUAAAUUUAUUUGUACUAUUGCUUUGAAUAUUUUUGU